CCGGCACCCACUGUCUCCUCGCCCAAGGAAGAACCAGCCUCCUCUCCCGUCCUGGAUGAAGAAGACGAGCAGUUUCUCCAGCGUCUCGCCUCCUUAUCGCAAGAGCCUGAGGGCACACCACCACCGCUUCCAGACAGGCCUGUUUCUACUCUCGACGGAGGAGAGAAGAAAGCCGGAAAGGAUACACAGGAAGGGACAAAUCCACCAGAAAUAACUGUGGAAGAUAGCGAUAACAAGGCGAAAGGGAAGGGGAAAGAGGAGGAAACUGCACGAAGUGGAGAGAAGAAGAAGAAGGGUGUCAUGUCUUAUUUCGAUUUGGUACAGUCCAAGUUCAAGCGCUCGGACAAGGGAGAAGGCAAGGGUCCAGAGCACAAGAAUGACAAAAAAGGUCACGAAAAGAGUGGCAUCAAAGCAACUCACUCCGCCAAUGAAGCCGUCAAGUCUCCCGAACAGGAAGAAGUAGAGAAGGAAGAGCAAGAUCUGACAGCCAUCCUAGAUCAACUCAACCUUGCCGCCGUCAACAAUCGUGUAUUCAGUUUCAGCAAGGAGUCCGAGCAGCUGUUGAACAAGUUCAAGCUCGUGCUGAAAGAUCUCGUCAAUGGUGUUCCCACGGCUUACAAUGAUCUCGAGAAGCUUCUUACGGACUCCGACGCGCAAAUGAAGAAAAUGUACAGCGAUCUCCCCCCUUUCUUACAAAAUCUCGUCAAGAGUCUACCGGCCAAAAUAUCAGCCACCCUCGCUCCAGAGCUGCUAGCCGCACAAGCGGAAAAGCCAGGCUUCGAUGGCAAACAACGUGAAGCUGCCUCGGGGAAGAAGAAAUCCAAGUCCAAGCGCGUUCGGAUCCCGAGUCUGAAGAGCCUGCUUUCGGCUGAGGGCGCUGUAGCCACCAUGCUGAGAAGCAUUCUCCAUUUCCUGAAACUGAGGUUCCCCGUACUGAUGACGGGAACGAAUGUACUGCUUUCCCUUGCUGUAUUCCUUCUCUUAUUCGUCUUCUGGUAUUGCCACAAGCGCGGCCGGGAAACUCGUCUCGAAAAAGAAGGCCUUGCUGCACAAGAAGCGGAUUCUGCACUUGCUAGCAGCGCUUCCUCCUUCACCGACGUAACUGAGUCA